UCACCCCAAACACGCCAAUCUGCACACAGCACACACGCAUUGCAGACAGACAAGACACGGACACACCGCAUCCAUCCACAACUCAGACCAGACAGCACAGAGCGCUUACCAACAGAAGAAAUCGCCAUGCAGGCGGCUCGCUGUCUGCACAGAGAUUCAGACACAGACAGACAGACAGGCAAGGGAAGGGAAGGAGGGCAAUCGGCCAAUAGGUCGGCCAUCGUCCUGCAUCGCAUGACCGUACCGUACCUUCCCCCCAGAGGUAGUUGAACGCCGCCUGUGAGUCGGGAUUCUCCUCCAGAAACUUGCUGUACGCUUUAGUGACCUCCCCCUCCAAAUCAAACACAUCCUCCUCUCCACCAUCACCAUGCUCGCCCGCCCCCUCUGCCCCUGGCCCGCUGUCGGAAGCCGCUGAACCUGCAGCUGAUCCUGCUGCUGCUGUAGCUGCUGCUUUGGCGGCAAGUUUGGCCGCCCUGUCCCGUUGCAUUUUGUGGCUCAUCUUCAUGAGCAGCAUGGCGCACUGCGCGUGGGUCUGCACGUUGUCGGGGACGCUGUAGAUGCAGUCCUUGAACACACCCAACGCACCCUAGGGAUACAUACAUUGCCAUACCACACACACACACAGGCAGUGAUGGUGCGUCCGUCUGUCUGUCUGUCUGUCUGCUGUGUGUGGGGGAGGGGGAGGGUGAUGUGCGUGCCUGUGGGUCGUUUUGUCUGAUGAGUGUUUGGCACAGGUUGAGGUAGGCCAGGUCGGCGGUGGGGUCCUCGUCAAGUACAUGACGAAAGCGCUCACUCGCCGACUCCAACUUGCCCGCACCCAAAUAGGCCGAUCCUGCAGGGCGGACAGGACAAAAGCAGAUUGAUUGACAUACAACAGACAGACAGGGUGGUUGGGGUGCUGGCUGGCCCGCUACCUAGGUUGUGGUGCGCCAUGAGGUCGUCAGGGUAGUGGGCGACGAUCUCCCGGUACAGCGAUAUGGCUUCCUCCCACUCCUCGCGAGAAUAGCGAACCUGACAGACAGACAGACAGACAGACAGACAGACAGAAGAAAGGUUGGAGGGAGGGAGGGAGGGAGGGAGGGAGGAAGCACACACACACACACACACACACGUCUGGGUGUCUUUGUCUGUCCAUCCAUCCAUCCAUCCAUCCAUCACUGUGUUGACUUGCCUGUGCGAGAUGCACUUUGGCCUGGAAAUUCGCGGGGUUGACCUUCAGACACUCGUGUAGCAGCUCCACUGACCUGCACACACGCACACACACACACGCACACACACACACGCACACACACGCACACACACACAUACAAACCCACUGCCAGCCGGCCACCGUUCCCCCCAGCUUUUCCUUACCUCUGCGUCGCGGCGAUGCGCCGCUUCAGUGCAGAAGCCUCGUCUUCGGCUGCUGCUGGCCUCUCGUCCAGUUUUGGUAUCUCUUCGCCAGUGGCGCCCUCGCCGCUGUCACCGCCCUCUGCCUCUGUGUGGGCGGUGGGGGUGUCGGGCCGGACUGCCUGGUCGAACAGAGCCAUGGCCAGCAGGUUGAGGGCGGUCUCGGACCUGCAGACAGACACAUACACACACGACACACACGCGAAUGUGGGAGUGAUGUGGUGUCUGUUUCGUGUUGAUUCAGCAUGCUUACCUGGGUUCGAACGUAAGGGCGGUCUCGUAGCUGGAAAUGGCCUUUCCGAAAUCGUUGGCCUGACAUACACACACACACACACACACACGCACACAAAUAAACAUACAGCACGUUCAGAACACCGUCACAUGUGAACAGAGUUGUGGUGCGCAUGGGUGGCUGGAUGGCCGGACGGACGCACGGACGGACGGACCUCUUGGUAAGCGAGGCCGAGGAAUUUCCACAGCCGGGCGUCCUUGGGAAGCAGCACAAGAGACCUGACACACACACAGGGGGGCAUCAAUCACAUCAACACGCACACUGAACACGCCACUGGACCCGUCGUCUCUCUCACCUCUCGUAAAACGAUAUUGCCUGCUCGAUGUUGCCCUGGUCAUACUCGAGGUUCCCCAGAAGCGUCAGCAGCCCGCCCCAACCCUUCCUCCCCUCCUGCACCGUCCCCUGGCCACCAUCACCAUCACCCCCACCCCCACCCCCACCACCGCCCUUCUGUCUGUCCAUGCGAUCGACAAACCUCCGGAGCUCAUCCCUGGCCCUUUCUAGGUCGCCUUGCUUGAUGAGGCACAGCACCAGCCACCGCAUGCUGCCGAUGUCUGACGGGUCCUUGCCCAGCGCGACGCGGCACUUCUUGAUCUGGGCGUCCAAUGCCGCGCGGUCCGCGGGCUCUGCAGCUGCUGCCGCAUCGGUGUGAUCAGGCUGAUUAUGUUGCUGAGACGGCUGGGACGGCUGUGAGCUGAGGAUAGAAACAGCAAUUGUGACACACAGAAUGGUCUGCAUUGCAUGCACUCACUACGGCAUAUAUCGACACGCACCUGGCAUCGUUGGUGUGUUCCUCGACGGUCUCGGUGACGGUGGAGAGGGCGCUGAUGUUGCCCUUCCGUGCUGACGCCUCAUCACCGCCGCCCUUGCGAUGCCUUAGACCAGACGAAUGACCAGACGACUCAUUGUCGGCCGCCGACGAUGGAUCAGACGACAUCAU